AUCGUUUCGGGAGCGCUUUAUUUUGCGGAUUCGGGCCGAUUUAAGGAGGGAUUGGGGGGUUUUGAGGGUUUUUUCCCCGGUUUGUGGGAACGCCCUGCCCGCACUCAAGAUGGCGGCGGCGCUGAGGCGCUGAGGCCGCGGCCGCCAUGGCGGGAACCGGCGGCGGGCGCUUCCCAGGUAUCCGGCUCCAAAUCCCGUGGCUGCACUCAAAAUGCAGGAGAGGAAGGCGGCUGUGCCGGUGGCACAAGGAGCAAAGCGGAACAUUGCCAGAGGAUGGUGAGGGCUGCUCCUGAGGGAGCCUGGAAUUCCUCGGGGGAGGAGCCUUCCCAGCGCUGUCCCGAAGGCUCCAUGUCAGGUCCUGGUGUCACAGGAGCUCUCGGGGGAGCGCGGAUCGGGAUCUUAUCGCGGGCGGGAAUCUGGCAAAGGAGCGGCAGGGAAUUAGCAGGUGCUGCUCUCAUUGAUUUCUCUAAGCACUGCACACAACCCGGGAUUUCCUGCUGGAAACCACGGAGGCAGCAGAAGGGCUGGAAGCUCCUGUGGAUAUUGGAGCCGAACCUCUGGAUCUGCACGGCUGCCGGUGGGCCGGGGUUGUGUCUCCAGGUGGGAACAGCUGGCAGGUGUUGGGUCGGGAGCGUUGCGGAGAUCCCUGCUGGCUGUGGGAAUUGCCCGGUAGGAAUGCGGAUGAGAGCGAUCCUUUUCCAACAGAAUACAGGCUCUUGUGCCGGCGUUCCCUCAAUUUCCUGCUCCUGGGAGAUGGUUUAGUUCAGGUGCUGGUGGUCCAUCCAAGCUUGGAGGUCUUUUCCAACCCCAGCAGUUCUACAAUUCCACCCCUGCGGGGUGAGCAAGGAAUGAGGGCGUGGAAUUCUGCUGGGCUUUCCCUGCCAGACUUGAAUGGAAGGAUAGGAAAAAUCAUUCCAGCGUUUCUCUGUUUCCUUCUGGCAGGAUGGAGAAGAGGAAAAUCCUGAUGAAGUCCAAGGUUGCUGCUCCCAACCUCCUGAGGGCUCUGCAUUCCCUGUACCGGCUCGGGCACCUCUGCGACGUGACGGUUCUCACCCAGCACCUGGGAAUUCAGGAGGAAUUCCUGGCUCACAAAGCCGUCCUGGCAGCUUCCAGCAACUACUUCAGGGGGCUUUUCCUGCACCAGGAGACGCUGGACGCCCAGAAGUGCACGGUGACCCUGCAGGACAUCUACACCGAGGAGUUCACCUCCUUCCUGGAGUUCGUCUACACGGCAGAGGUGGAGAUCGAGGCGGGAAAGCUCCAGCGGAUGAAGGAAAUAGCGGAAAGGCUGGAAUGCAAGGAUUUGCUGGACAUCUGUGAAGAAGUGAAGGCAGAGGGCAGGAAGGGCUUGGAUUUGAGCCUCCGCCUGAAAGGGCGGAGGGGUGAGAACGGGGGAUUGCAGUGGCCUGGCAUCCAGCAAGAGGAGAACCCCAGGAACUCCGCCCAGGUCGUGGCAAUUCCCAUGCAGAGGAAACUUUGGGAUAGGCAGAAGCAUCAGGAGCUGCUGCCGGAGCUCAUGGGAGGCCAGGCGGGAGGCCUGGAGCGGGAGGCCGCAGCUUUCCCAGCCCCCAAAUCCAGGCCGGCAAAGCUGCCCAAGUGCAAGGAGACGCGUUCCCCGUUGGGACUGGGUGUGGCCAUCAGCAGCCUGGAACACCAGGAUGGCCGUUCCCUGGGCGAGGGGCAGGAGCGGAAGCGGGAAUGCCAGGCGUGUCCCUACUGCGACGAGGCCGUCGGCUCCGAGCGCGGCCGGACGCGCGGCGGGGACGGGCCCUACCGGGGCUUCGCCCAUGGGGCCGCCUGCACCUCCCACCUCAGGAAAAUCCAUGAGUCUGGGCAAGAGAGGAAACUCCUGCCUGUCUACUGGAUGGUGGUUCCACCUCCGCACGGCCCAAACCCCACAGGCCGUGGCAGAGAUCCCGACGGAGAGACUCGGGAUGGGACACCGGAAACCUCGGGGCGCGAGGAAGACCCCGGGAAUUCCUCCGUUGCUGAAGCAGAAAGGAGCAAGGAGCAAGAGGAAUCCCAGGAAGCUGAAGGAGGGAAUGAAGAUGAAGGUGGAAUGAGUGUGAAGGGCAAGGAGCAGGGAGAAUACGACGCGGGAUACUCGGAAGUUGAAGGAAGCAGAGACAACGAGGAAUGUCACCAGGAGCAGGAGGAGGAGGAGGAGGAGGAAGCCUCAACAGAGAAGGACAGCAGCGAACCCGAAGCGGGGUUCAAGCUAAAGAAGGCCGGUAAAAGCGUGGCCAACAAGAAAUCCCUGUGCGUGAUCCAGUGCGACAAGUGCCAGGAGCAGUUUGUUUCGCGGAAGCAGUAUGUGGAUCACUGCCGGGACGCGCACCAGAGCCUGCCCGGCAAGGCCUACCGCUGCGAGCUGUGCGGCAAGGCCUUCGCCAGCUCCACCAGCUGCAAGGAGCACCGCGCCUGCGUGCACAGCGAGGAGAGGAGGUUCUCCUGCGGCCUCUGCCAGGCCACCUUCAAGAGGAAGCGGGAUGUGAGGAGCCAUUCCGUGCGGAAGCACGAGGGCCGGGCCAAGCGGCCGCUGUGCUCCGUGUGCGGAAAGAUGCUGAGCUCCCGCACGGCGCUGGUGCUGCACAUGCGGACGCACACCGGCGAGAAGCCCUACGAGUGCGCCGUGUGUCGCUCCAGGUUUGCUCAGCCGUCCCAGCUCAAGAUCCAUACCAGAUCCCACACCGGGGAGAAGCCCUACAUUUGUGAGGACUGCGGCGCUUCCUUUGCCGACAGAGGAAAACUCACCGGCCACAAAAGGACACACACAGGAGAGCGGCUCUUCGGGUGCGACGUGUGCGGGAAGCACUUUGCCACCAACGAGUACCUCAAGUGCCACAAGCGCUGCCACCUGGGAGCCAAACCCUACAGCUGCCAGGUCUGCGGGAAAACCUUCGGCCUCAGAGCCUCCCUGGCCCAGCACAGCAACGUCCACGCAGAGAGGCGUCCCUAUUUCUGCGAGCAGUGCGGCAAGGCCUUCACGCAGCCGGGAGCUCUGCGGCGCCACCAGCGCAUCCACACCGGAGAGAAGCCCUACAAGUGCCGGGCCUGCGACAGGACCUUCACCGACAUGUCCACCCUGCGCCGGCACGCGGCGAUCCACGACCGCAACGCUCACUGGAGGAGCUUCUUGAUCGACCUCACGCAGAAAAAACACCACAACUGGUCCAAGAUCGAGACUUUGGCGGAGGCGCAGCCAGGACGGGAUCCCACGCCGGGAAUUUGCUCUCUGGACCACGGGCAACCUCACAAACCACAAAGGGCCAAAUCAGCGGCAGCAGCAGCGGCAGCAGGCGUGAGCCCCGGGCCUGGGGACAGCGGCGGCGCUGAGCCCUCCCUUUUGUACUUAUAAAGUCCAUUUUAGCCCCAAAACGGGCGCUUCGAGGUGGGAACUCUCCUUUGGGAUGCAGGGAGCCGUUCCCAGCGCUCGGUGUGACCUCGGGAGCGUUACGGGUGCUGAAGGGGUAAUUUUCCCUCCUCAGGAGGGUUUUUAUUCCACGGAAACCUUUGCAGCCUUCCGGAGGUUUGUGUUUUUCCCCGAAGCUGUGGGAGCAUCCCAUUGGGAGUGGGCGGGGCGGGGUGUGUGUUUACGGGCCGCUGUAAAUCACCAGUUCCGCCUUUAAUAAAGCUGUCAGUGCCGCCCA